ACAAUGGUAUAUUCCAUACGGUAUGGAAAUGGCAGUGCUGUAAGUGAGAGAUCAAGCUUGUGACAGCGGAGAAACUUGACUUUUUAAUAACAGCCUGAAGAAGAAGCCGUACGAUGUCCUUGAAGCCGCGGGUGGUGGACUUUGAUGAAACAUGGAACAAGCUACUGACGACAAUCAAGGCUGUGGUGAUGCUUGAUUAUGUGGAGAGGGCCACAUGGAACGACAGAUUUUCGUAUCCUACCUCGUUUCAGCUCUUCGGAAAAAUUGUUUUUAUGACUUUCUGAACUUUCUGUGUUUUGUGGUUUAGUUUGCCAUUGAUUUAGUAGACUAAAAUGCCACUGAUCUGUGCUUACAUAGUCAAGCCAUUAAAGGGAUACUUCAGGAUUUUGGCAAUGCGGCCCUUUAUCUACUUUAUCUUACCCAGAGUCAGAUGAACUUGUGGAUACCAUUUUUAUGUCUUGAACUAGGUUUCUAUCCAAUUGCAGACAGAUUUUUAAUGUGAAUGUUCUAGAAUCCCCAUAAAUAAAAUACGUGCAUUUUCCCACCAGUGGUGUUUCCACCAAAUGGACUCGUUGCAGACAAAAGUCAUUGCAUGAUGAUGUAGUGCACACAAAAAUGUACUUUUUCGCUUACGUUUUCAUACACCAAAUAAAAAUCUAAAGUUC